AUGGGCAAGUUUCUAUACUUCUUAUCUGCAGCCGCAGCCCUAGCAACAUUCUCGACCGCUUCGCCGGUUAAGACCUCAAGCUUCCAUUAUGACCCACCCUCCAAGGUAGAAUGGCAAGCAUGCGAUGACCAUGUGCGCUGCGCCAAUCUCUCUGUACCGCUGGACUGGAACAAGCCCCAAGGCAAACAAAUUAGCAUCGCGAUGGCCAUGAUUCCAGCCGCGAACCCGGAGAAGCGAAUUGGCUAUUUGAUGGUCAAUCCCGGCGGACCAGGAGCAUCUUCCUUGAAUUUGAUAAACGCAGGAAAGCAGUUCCUCAUGUCGACGCCCUUACAUCAAUACUUCGACAUUCUGGGCCCUGGACCCCGAGGCACAGAAGGAAGCACACCGGUGAAAUGUGACCCAGAACCAUGGAACAGGCGAUAUCCCGAAACACCCCAAACCGAAGCCGAGUUCCAAGAAAUGUUACAAGUCUUCCACGACCGCGGCGAGAGCUGCGUGAACCAGAAAGAUAAUGACAUCCUUUACUUCGUGGAUACUAUCAGCGUUGCGAAAGAUCUCGAAGCCGUGCGCAUCGCACUGGGCGACGAGAAAAUGAAUUAUAUCGGCUUCUCAUACGGAACCCAGCUCGGUGCCCAGUAUACGGAACUAUUCCCGGAUAAUAUCCGGGCUAUCGUGCUGGAUGGGAUUUUGGAUCAUUCCCGAUCAGGUCCUGAUCUAUGGGGCCCCGAGUCAAACGGGUACGAAGUAACAGUGAACCAAUUCUUCGACUGGUGCGCGAAGAACAACACAUGUGCCCUACACAAGGUGAAAGAUCUACCCGCCAAAUUCGACGCCUUCAUCGACCGCGCCAAUAAUUCCCCAAUCCCUGCCCCAAGCUGUUUGAACAAGACCUCGGAAAUAUACCCCUGCUUCGAAAAUGCCACCGGCAACGAGAUUCUCCGCGCCUUCCAGACUGCUAUCUGUUUCCCGUAUCCGGAAACAGGAUCUGUGGGAGGAUGGGUCGGUAUGUCGCAAUUGCUUCAGCAGGCUAUGUACAAGAACGACGCGAGCGCCUUUUCCGCAGUGAAAUACGCCUCCAACACCGGAUACGAUAUGUCCUACGCUGCUAUUUUCUGCCAAGAUGCGCCCCGAUCGAACUGGACUGCUAUUGACUUCAAAAUCAAAGCCGAUGUCGGCGCCGUGGCUACGCCGCACACGCGUGGAAUUGGGGAGGUCUGGUAUCUGGAUGCUCUUUGUAUGAACUGGCCUACGCCGGUGCGGAAUCCACCUCGGUCGUUGGCGCCUUCAUUUGCUGGUCGGAAUAUGAGCACUCCUAUUCUUUUGGUGAAUGCGCUUUAUGAUCCUGAGACGCCGAUUCAGUUUGCUUUGAAUGUGCAUAGGCAGCUUGGUGAUCAGAAUGCCCAUCUAGUGAUUCGGAAUGGAAGUGGUCAUACAAGCUAUGAUCAUGUGGGUGAGACUCACCGGGCUAUUAACAAAUACCUGGUUUAUCUUGAUGUUCCGGAGACGGGAGCUAUGUACAAGGAUUGA